AUGUCGACGCCAUCUAUCCCCCCAACCGUUCGCGCAAUCUUCCAACCAGACAUUCAAUCCCCAUCCCUUGUCCUCACUCGUCUCCUGACUCAACUACCCCAAAACAACACAACCGAACACCUCAUAAAAGUCCACGCCGUCUCUCCAUGCGCCAGCGAACUAACAUGGGCGAAAAACUACCCGUCAUUGAUGGACUCCAAUCGUGUAGCAAUUCCAUGUUUCGACUUCGUCGGAACGGUGAUUCUCGCUCCUCCGUCCUCGCCUUUCCCGCCUGGUACCGAGGUUUAUACACGCACGCCAGGUGGCAGGACUGGGAAUGGAAGAGAGUAUACGAUUGCUGAGAUGGAGCAACUGGCUAGGAAGCCUAAGAACUUGACGAUGGAGGAGGCGGCGAGUGUUCCGAUUAGUGCUUUUACCGCGUGGCAGGCUUUGUUUGAUCACGGUGGUUUGAAAAUGGGGUGGAAAGACAUGGAGGGCAAGAAGGAGAAUCAGGGGAAGAGAGUGUUGGUUACGGCUGCUGCUGGGGGGGUUGGAAGUUGGGCUGUGCAGCUUGCGAAGUUGGCUGGGGUAGGCGAGAUUAUUGCUGUUGCUGGUUCUAAUAAUGUUGAGUUUGUGAAGGGACUUGGGGCUACCGAAGUUGUGGAUUAUAGGAAGAUCUCCCUUGGUGGUUGGGCUAAACAAAAUGAAAGGGUAGAUUUGGUAAUUGAUAUGGUGGGAGGUCAGACGUUGACUGAUGCUUGGUUCGCUGUGAGAGAUGGGGGAAGGAUAUUGGGUGUUAAUGACGUGCCCGAGAGUAGAAAACCAAAGGAUAACUGCCCUGUGAAUGUUACAGGUUAUUUCUUUGUUAUGGAAGCUUUGGGUUGGCAAUUGAAGCAGAUUACUGACUUGAUAGAAAAGGGAGAAGUACAUCCUGUCGUGGAUAGUAUCUGGGAAUUCGAGGACUUCGAGGAAGCUUUCGCGAAGGUUGAAGGUGGUCAUGCCAGGGGCAAAGUGAUUAUCAGAAUACAAUAG